AAGAUGGCACCUGCGUUUUGUUCUGGUGCUGGAUCCAGUAUGAUGGUGAGAGAACAAGGAAAAGGAACAAGGAUCUGAACUCUACAGCCCAGUCGGGUCUCUGAGGACUGUAUGAACACAUAGAUGGAGGGAAUGACACUUGUCUUCAAUAUGAAGUGAACUGAUAAAAGGGGUUCAUGGCCCCCUAACCCUCACCUAACCCCACCUUGGUUAACAGAUCUCUUGGGUGUUUGGAAGCUUUGUGUUGCCAAGAUGAUGCAGCAGAUUUUGAGGGACAUGUACAUCGAUCCGGACCUGCUGGCGGAGCUCAACGAGGAGCAGAAGCAUAUCCUAUUCUAUAAGAUCCGCCAGGAGCAGGUGAGGCGCUGGGAUGAGAGGGAGAACCAAGAGAACCAGGAGAACCCUGAGAACCAGGACCAGGGGAAGAAGGGCAGCAGGAGAAGUAUCCAGUGGCUGCAGGGCUACGAUGGGGAUGUGUGGGUGUGGGUGAUGGGCGACGCUCCUGGGGAUAAGCCUUAUGAGGACAUCAUCAAGGAGCUGAUGGGGGAGAAAGCCAGACGGCAGGCUCAGCAGGAGGCCAAGGAGCUCUGGCGAACCAAAGAGGCUGAGAUUGAGGAGAAGUUCCGGGAUGCUAUGGCAAAGGAGAAGGCCCGUUUUGUGGCAGGGAAGUGGAAAGAAGAAACGGAGGACAGGAAGGCUGCCAAGCAGGAAGAGGAACACAUCCAGGAGGCUCUCAAGAAACGAGAGGAGGAGGAGAGACAGCAAGGUGAGGAGGAGAUAAAACGUGCAGAGGAGAAGAGAGCGAGGGAGCUGUAUAUCUCCCUGGAGCAGGAACAGAGAAGGAGUGAGAAGGAUGACAAGGAAUGGGAGGAGCAACUGCGGCGCUCUAAGAUGGCUGACCAGGAGAUGCAGAGAAAAGCAAGGCGGGCACGGGAUGAGUACAAGCGCCAGUCCCUGCGGGCUAUAGAGAAGGGCCGUGUGGCAGGGCUCAGUGGGCUGUUCCAGCAGGGCCCAAUGGUGGGGAACGGACCAACAGCAGCCCCCUUCAGGAGAUACAGCAACGUGCUAGAGUCCUCCUCCUCCACCACCCACCGCCCCGGCCUCCAGCCUGCUGCUCCUCCACUGUACCGCCGCAGACAGAGCCAAAGGCACAGCACCAUUGUUACACAGCCACUGAUGGACAGUCCUGCCUGGGUGAGAGCCCCCCGGCCCAGCUCCAGAGAGUGUGUUUUGCUGUGGUUCAAAGAAGAGCAGACGCCCAAACAGGCUGGCUAUGAGCGCAACAGCACCACCAUCGCCCCCUGGUUCCACGGUCUGAUUUCCAGACAGGAGUCAGAGACCUUGCUGAUGAACGCAGCAGAGGGCUCCUUCCUGGUGAGGGUGAGUGACAGGAUCUGGGGCUACACGCUGUCCUAUCGCACGGCCGACGGCUUCAAACACUUCCUGAUCGACGCAUCAGGAGACUACUACAGCUUCCUGGGUGUGGACCAGAACCGCCACGCCACCCUGGCUGACCUCAUCGACUUCCACAAGGAGGAGGUGAUCACCACAUCAGGAGGAGAGCUUCUGCAGGAGGCAUGUAAACAUACAGUCUCAGCCACGGACUAUGGGGGGCUCUUCCAAUGACCCCCCCCCCCCCCCUCUACACACUGUCAGGUCACUAUGAACCCCUUUCUGCUCCCUGCAAUGUUACUUUGACCUCCCCCCACUGGAUUCCCACAGUGAGCUCAGUCUUUCUCCAGGCAUGGAGCCAUGUCUUCAGACUCUAACCAUUCCACAGGACUGUCUACAAACAUCCGUUCCCCCAGUAGCAUCUUGCAUGCGCCUCGCCACUAGCUGUUGCAGUGGGGAAUUAUUGGUAAACAAAUUGCUGCUACAAGCUGUUUGGAAACUGGAAACUGUCUAACACGAGAGAGGAGUGAGCCAUUGAGAUAUACAUUGUUUCUACCUGAGAAGUUACACAACUGUUGAGCAACAGUGCAAUUCAGGACAAGAUCAAGCUCUUAGGGAAAGAGCAGACUGUGUACGCGGGUAAGUAGACAGACACCAGAGGCAACAAGGAACAGAGGUGGAUUGUUAAAAGUGUCUCGCAUCUGUCAAACACUCUUUUUGACACUAUUUCUUGUUGAAGACAAAGAUUCUCACUUUGUACUUAUGCAAACUUAUGAUGAGAGAAAGAGCUACUUCCCCACUUGAGACACAAAACACAUUCAGAUUAAACAAAGGUUGUCUCAGAUGUUAUGCUUUUAGGGAGUACUAAAGCUUCAAAGUGGAGUCAUAGAGGACUUGUUUUUAUGCACUCAUUCCUAUUGGGAAUCUGUUGUCAUCCUGAUUGGGCUUUGUUCCUGGGCAAGACUGCAGUUGAAGGAGAGAAUUUGCAUAGAAAUCACUGACAUACAAAUUACAUAUACCGAAUGAAUGCACAUCCUCCUCCCAGUUAAAGGUACUAUAAGAAGGAAGUAUUCAUAAGUCCUUGAGGUCCACCCAUCUUUAAAAUGAAUGGAGCAACUGCCCUCCUGUUCAUGAUACAAGACUAGUGCUCUCGCAGCACUGACAGCUUUUUCCAUGCAAGUGAUAGCCUCACUGCACCCGAGUGGGUAACCAGAGCUCUUCUUUUCCAACGGCCAGAAUCAUUCAGCAGUUAGAACAGCCAAUACUAAACAGCACUAUGCUAAUGCCGCCACCCCCCAGUUAACAUAAUCAACACACACUCCCACCCACCCCGCAAACACACACAGUCAAUUAUAAGCUCAGGUUUCCACAACACUGGGACGCAGCAUUUUCCUGGCUAGUAUAGAUAGGCUGCUGUAGUAACGCAGCAAGAGAGAUUGUUGUGUGGCAGGCAGCCUUUGUCCAGCUUUAGGUGUCAGUUUCUCAGCAGUAGGUCCAGCAUUAAUCAGUGAGCUGGGUGGUCAGUCUGUUUAGAGCAGCCAGUAAGUAGUCAGCCACAGACACAAAGCUACACUGAAUAUCAACUUCAUCAGUCUGUCACUCAUCAACCUGUGGAAAACAGAAAAAAAAGGUCCCGUGGGCAUCAAAGAUGAAAUUGUUCCUACUACUUUGCCCCAAAAACAAUAAAACGCUUUGUCUAAUA